GAAGUGGUGCCAGCCGCAGUUUUGUGGUCAGCGGCAAACGACACAUGGCAUGCACAGCAGCAGAUGGAGAGCAGAUGGCGCCGGAUGGCGUUGUUGCAGUUGCAGUUGCAUUUGCAGUCGAAAUGGACCAGUGGACGGGUGUGCACCGGGCGUUCAUCAUACGCGCCUACUACAAGAGCAACGACUCCAUCAGCGCCGCCCAGAGGCUGUUCAAGAAACAGUUCAGCAUUUACCAGACACCUCCCACGAAUGUGAUCAAGUCCUGGCUGCGCACCUUCGAGGGCACCGGCUCCUCGCAGGCUGGCGGCGGCACUCGCUCCUCUCUUCCACAAAUCUUCUGCACCAUUUGCAAUAAUUGCCUGAGUAAUGAGAAAAACUUCAGCAGCUCCGUGAAGUGAAGGGGUCCCUUGGUUUUUUUUACUAGUAUUUGUGUACAUGUACGAGUAUCUCAUAAGUUAGCGUAGAUUAAUCGUGAAUAAACAUUUAUUUUUUUUGGCUAAUUAACAAGUUUGCAAUAUCAACACGUCUCUCCGUUUGUCAGUCUUUCAGUCUGUCAGCAUGCUUGACCCACUUGAUGUGCUUUUGAAUUUUAGAAAUAUGUAAAUCAAAUUCUGAAACAUUUCGGGGACAAGUUUAUGUGUCAUUAAAUUCCCCAAUUUUAUACUAAAGGCUGUAAAAACACGAGCAAGCCUUGCCCCAAAAGUGUGUCACAUCAACAUUAAAAUUCGAAAUUCAAA